AUGGCCGAAUCAGAUGUUCAGGUGCAAAUAUUCGUUCCUACAACACAAGUAAUUUCUAUUAUCUCGCUACGUGAAUUCAUUAUAUUUUCUUUUGAAGGAAGUAAUCAACAAAGUGUGAUGAAUGAAUGCAUUCAAUGUAAUACUAACUAUGAAAAACAAUGA